UCUGAUCUAAAACUGUUACUGAUUCAUUGACAAUCGACAUCAUCAGCAACUUCUCAAACUCCAUCCUAAUUGCAAUAUAUAAUUUCUGCGAAAAGUAAUCAACAAAUUAACAAUUUUCUGUGCAAUGGAUAUCGAUUUAACUGAUCCUGAAUUGGAAAAAGCUGCAACCAGAAUUCAAGCAACAUUCAAAGGAUACAAGGUUAGGAAGGAAGUUAAGGAAAAGACUCCUGAAAAUGAGGAACAACCCAAAGAAAUCCAGCGAAGUGAUUCAAUCGAUAUCGAUUUAAAUGAUCCUGAUGUUGAAAAAGCAGCGACCAAGAUUCAGGCCACUUUUCGAGGAUACAAAUCACGUCGAGAAGUAAAAAAGGAUUGAUACCAAUUCCAGUUAAUUAAUCAUAAUAACAAAAAAGAUAACAGUUUCCAACGGGUUUCAAUGAUGAUGAUGAUGAGGAUGAGGAUGGAGAUGAAGAUGAGGAUUAAGAUGGCAAGGAUGAUAUUUACUGAUGAUGUUGAUGAUUAAUCAAUCCUGAUGAUACAACUAAAUUUAAACUGCAAUGAUAUUAAUAACAUUAAUGGUAAUAGGAGAUUUUCAAAUCAACUCGAAACUUUUUUUUCCCUCUCACAAUUGAAUGAAUUAUAAUAAUCAAUCAGAUUCAUUCUUGUAUUGAUCUACUAACAGCAAAUCAUCAUCGUAAUCAUCAUCUUUGUAUCUUCAUCCUCAUCUUUAUCAUCUGAUCAUCAUCACCAUCACCAUCACCACCACCACAACCACAACCAUCAAUCAAGUUAAUCAUGAUUAACUUGAACAAUUUUCUGGCUACAAUUUUUUUCCCUCUCAAUCUUUUACAAUAAGAAACAAUUUCCAACAAACAAACUAAUCAAUUCCUAAUCUUUAAUCAUCAACGAUUUAAUUACACACACACAAUAACCAAUUUUAAUUUUAUCUUUAAUUAACUUUACCCAAGCAAACAACAAUUAACAAGAAGAAGACACGAAAAAAAAAACUGAUCACAAUAAUGGCAACAAUUAACUUAAUCAUCCUUUUUACUUAUAAAUCAAUUUCAAGAAACGACAACAACAACAACAAUUAGAUUGAAACAAUUGAUUACUAUUAGUUAACAACCAAACAAUUUAAUUAAUUUGAGUUUUAUUCAUUGAUUAUUAUUAUUAUCGUUUAGUAAUUAACUCAAUUGUAUCUUAUCAUUAUCAUUAUCAUCAUCAUCAAAAUCAUAAUAAUCAUUAUGAUGAUUAUUGUUGUUACCAUUAAUUAAUUAAUUCCCAACUUUUUUUUGUUCAGUUUUAAUCAUUUACAAUUAAGUUUUAUCCAAAUUUGAUUAAAGGUUAACAUUAAUUACGA